ACUCUGCAUCCAGCGGCACGUAUACAGUGUCCUGCGCCUGAAACACGGAGAUCUGGCGAUAAUGUUCACAGAAGGAGAGUUUGGGCGAAGUCAUGGUUACAAUGAGGUGAUGUUGGAUGCCUCGAUCGCCCUCAUGUACGUAGCGACGACGUAGAUGGCCUCUUAUCAGGAUUGGGAGUGCGCAUACCUUUCCCCCAUGUGGUGUUGAUGACGCAGCCAUUGGUGAAUCGAUCUAUAUAUAUAUAGUCCACCGAGCCAUACGCUUCAUCAAACUCAAGCACUACCGCCGAGUAAAGUCCUUGUCCAGAGAAGCCCCACGUCAAGAAGAUGCUCGCCCUAACUCUCCUCCUCCAGGCGCUGACCGUGGCCUAUUGCAUCGAGAGCGCCCCGUACGAAGUGGUGAGCAGUGCUGAGAUGUACGAAGAGCGCAUUUAUCCUGCCCGGAAGUGGGUGACCACAUCUUACCUCUCCAUCUCCCACAACGAUGCCGCCGGCUACAUGUUCAACGAUCUAUUCAACUUCAUCGACGGCCAGAAUGACGCUGGCAUUAAGGUGGACAUGACGGCCCCGGUGACCAUUCUGGUGCAGCCCGGCGAAGGACCCAACUGUGAAAACAACUUCACGGAAAGCUUCUACGUGCCCGCCGCCCACCAGGACAACCCACCCACGCCCACCAACCCCGACGUGUACAUCGAGGAGAGGCCAGAGCUGCACGUCUUCUCCAGGAGGUUCCACGGGUUUGCAAAUGACGAGGACUUCAUUUCCAAUGCCGCGGCGUUGGUGGAGGACCUCCUGGCCGCCGGGGUGGAAGGACUCAACCUGGCGACCUACUACACCGCCGGUUACGACUCUCCAUUCGUGAUCUUCAACCGCACCAACGAAGUCUGGAUUAUGAAAAAUUAGAGUUAAAAAUGUUGUUUUGAGACAACCUCCAGAUCAUUUCCGGUAACUCCAAGAUUUUCUUUUUUUAUUAUAAUUAUGACCAAGUUUUUGUAGUUCAUUAUUGAAUCAUUUUUGUAUUUUUAUUCAUUAAUUUGUCAAACUUUUACUUGUGACAUUGCUGUAUAAGCUUUAUAUUUCUUGAUUGAUUGAUUGAUAGUUUAUUGUUUCUUUAACAGAAAAGGUAUAUUUAAACAAUAUACAUUUAUCGAAGUACACAACCGACUAUCACCUCAGCUAAAUCAUGAAUAAACUUAAACCCAAUAUUACUGACUAAAUCAAGGCCUUUAUUUUUUUAGCACUUGUCCCCUACCAUUGUAUCUUUUUAGUUCCCUGGUACUACUUACACAUGUAUCCUUAGUUGUAUAAUCACACUCUGUACUGCCUGGGGGUUGGGAUGGCAUGCUCCUCCCUUCUCCUUUGUUGUUUUACUUGCAACAAUAAACUAUCAAUCAAUCAA